AUGCUGCAGAGGGCUCUGUAUUGUGUCUUCUUCUCUCCAUCAGAUUCCUGUGAACUCACAAUCGACACAAACACAGUGAACAGACACCUCAAACUGUCUGACAACAACAGGAAGGUGACACAUAUUAUGGAGGUUCAGUCAUAUCCUGAUCAUCCAGACAGAUUUGACUACUGGCCUCAGCUGCUGUGUAGAACUGGUCUGACUGGUCGCUGUUACUGGGAGGUCGAGUGGAGAGGAGGGGUUUAUAUAUCAGUGAGUUACAGAGGAAUCAGCAGGAGAGGAAACAGAGCCUACUGUGUGUUUGGAUGGAAUGAUCAGUCCUGGAGUCUGAGCUGCUUUAAUGGUGGUUACUCUGUCUGGCACAAUAACAGAAUGACAUCCAUCACCACCUCCUCCUCCUCCUCCUCCUCUGUCUCUGGUAGAGUAGCAGUGUAUGUGGACUGUCCUGCUGGCACUCUGUCCUUCUUCAGAGUCUCCUCUGACACACUGAUCCACCUCCACACCUUCAACACCACAUUCACUGAACCUCUUUAUCCUGGGUUUUGGCUCUUGUCACCUGGUUCCUCAGUGUCUCUGUGUUCUCUGUAGGAGGGAGAGUCUCCUCCUGUUAGAGAAACUUUCUCACUGCUGAACAGAUAGUUCAGUCUGUACAGGAUCACACACAGCUGAUGGUAGUUCACAGAAUGUGUGUAGGAUGCGACUUUGUCCUGAGGGUGGUGCUAAAUAAAACACUCUGGACUCCACAGAUGACUCGUUUUUUGCGCAACUGUUUUUUGUUUGUUUUUAUUUAUGAUUUUUGUGUAAAACAUCAUGUGCACUUGUGUUGUCCUCUAAACUUCACUGUGCUCAGCCUCUAAUAAAGACACUCACAGGAAGGCGUCUCCAGUUUCUCAUGUGACAGCAGGAACCUUCAUGAAUGAUAACUGACCUUCUGUGCUUCUUCUACACACUGAUGAGCUGUUUUAUACACUGAUAGAUUUGUGAAGCAGCGACUGUUGUGACUCUAAACUAAAGUCCAGAGGUCGUUUGUUUCCUCUGGAUCGUUCCAAUGUGUCGGCAGGAUCUUUACAGCC